AUGUUGUCGGCUAGAUUCAGAUGUCGCACUCCUCCAUGUGACGGCCACCACGUUCGCCUUGGCACCAACAAACCUGUGACUGAGGCCGAGAAUAUGAGUGAUCAAGGUGAGGUUGACGAUGGAUGCAUUGAAGCAAAGAGCAGGGCCGAAAAGGGCGCUGAGAAGAUUCGCAGAGAACGUCAGAAGGUUCAAGCGUGCAUGAAGGAGAUUGUUGGCGGUGUUAUGAAUGGAAUUGCUGUAAGUGCAGUUGCUGGCGUUCUGGGUGGCCUGAUGUGUGCUGUUAUUCUCAACUAUAGUCAAUCCUCACUGACGCAGAGAGCCCUGUGUGGUCCCUUCACGAUGACGUUGGAGACGGUUCCCGAACCACGGACGCAUGACGACUAUCACGUCAGAUGGGUUUGCGCUCUGCCCACCGAACAGACCGCGGCGAUAGCUAUGCUGGACCAGAGACACGCAGGUCUCCUAAAGCCUCCGAACAACAAUAAUACAUACAUACUAGGAUGUGUUGGCAAACAUAGUGUCGUUAUCGCCUAUCUGCCUAAUGGCAAAUUCAGUACUGUCUUAGCAGCGACCGUUACCACUAAUAUAAUAUCUACCUUCCCGAACAUCAAGUUUUGCCUCAUGGUCGACGUCGGUCUUAGUAUCCCCCCUAAGCAAGCUCAUGCGGCCGCUAUAGCAGCUGCCUUUGCGAAAGAACUGCUAGGCCAAGUACACAUAAGCGACGGUGAGAUAGAGCCUACGGCAAAGAACAUCCUGAGCCAAAUUCAUGAGACUUGCUUAAAAUCUGCUACGAACAUUAGAGAAGUGAAACGUAAAAUCGAUAGAAAAGAGGACAUUGAUAUCCUCGAAUGGCUUACGCCUGUUAACUAUGGCACACAACAUAUGAUCAAUGAACUUACUGCCCUCUUUGGAGAUAAUGACACCGUCGGGAUUGCAUAUAUAUACGGGAAUUACCAACGGUCUGACGAACAGAAGGUUGAUCAUCUGCUCCAUGGAAUUCUGAGGCAGUUAGUUCAAGAUCUAUCUUCCAUGCCAGUAAUUGUAAAGAGUCUCUACAAGAAGCAUUAUAACAAAGGGACACAAGCCUCUAUUGAAGAGGUUUCAGCGACUGUCCAGUCUGUUGCCGAUCUAUUUACUCAGGUCUACAUCAUCGUCGACGCACUCGAUGAGCUCAAGGCAACAGAGGGUUGCCGAAACCGGUUUCUAGAAGAGAUCCUCAAGGUCCAGGCCCAAUGCAACGCGAAAGUUUUCGCUACCUCGAGAUUUGUCCCGGAAAUCACCGAGAUCUUGAAAGGAGGCACAACGAUCGAAAUUCGCGCCCAUCAUGAGGAUGCGCGAAGCUUUUUGGGCUGCAAGGUCUCGCAAUCCGGGCAGCUAUUCCAGGCUCAUCGUGAGGUAAUCGUGACCGAAAUUGCCAAGGCAGUGGAUGGGAUGUUCCUCCUCGCACAUCUUCAUUUCCAAUUUGUUUCCACAAAGAAAACACUAAAGAAGAUCAAGGAUGCAUUGAAAGCCCUUUCAUCUGGGUCGAAAGCAUACGACAUUGCUUACAAGAAUGCCAUAGAAAGAAUAGCUAGUCAAGACCAAGAUUCCAAGGAGCUCGCUAUGCAGGUUCUUUCGUGGGUAACUUGCGCUAGAAGGGUUCUCAGGCCAUCUGAACUUCGGCAUACGUUAGCAAUCGAAGAAGGUGAUGUCAAGCUCAAUAAAGAAAACAUCCCCCAGAUCAACGACAUGGUCUCGGUGUGUUCUGGAUUGGUUACCGUUGAUAAGAAAAGUGGCGUCAUUCGACUUGCUCACUACACAACUCAAGAAUACCUCGAUCGGGCUCGUGACCAGUGGUUCCCGAAUGCAGAAUCAGAAAUUACAAUGGUUUGUAUCAGAUAUCUCUCAUUGGAUGUCUUCAAGGGCCGCUUCUGUACGAGCAGGGACGAAUAUAAGGAUCGCCUAAAACGGUAUCCAUUCAAUAAGUACGCCUCUCACAUUUGGGGGCAUCAUGCUCUCACGGCGUCUAUGGAUGGAGACCAGAUGAUCCUGGAUUUACUUGAAAGUCCAUUUAAGCUAUCUGCCUCAGUCCAGGCGAUAAUGGCUUUCCACCCUGAUGCAUUGGUUCAACUUGAAGAGAGCUCGCUCAUGGCAACCGAGGUGCCAACUGCCGCAAUUUUUGGGCUAUCGAACACAGUGUUGGCUUUGCUGGAGAAUGGUCAUCCUGCAGAUUCUAAGGGAGUGAAUUGGCCGACGCCUUUGUCAUAUGCUGCAACAUACGGGCAAGAAGAGGUUGUUAAGAUACUCCUAUCCAGGGAUGACGUCGACCCUAACUCAGAAGAUAAGAUGUCCAACAUGACCUCACUGUGUCGCGCCGCAAAGAGAGGGAACACCGCCAUUGUCAAGAUGUUGCUUGCCAAGCAAGGAAUCUCGGCAGACCAUAAAGGGCUCUUGAAGCGAACGCUACUAUCAUUUGCCGCGCAAGAGGGCCAUCUGGCAGUUGUUAGGCUGCUUCUCUCCAGACUUGAUGUUGAUCCCAACUCAACUGAUGCGAUGAGAAGAACGCCCUUAUCCUUGGCCGCAGGAAAUAGAUACACCGCAGUGGUCCAAGCCCUUCUCAAGAAGGAAGGGGUCCUCGCGGACCAGGCGGAUAUAGCUAAUCAGACACCAUUGUCAUUUGCAGCAAGAAACGGUCACGAGGCGGUAGUCAGGCUGCUACUUGCUACGGACAUAGUCGGCGCAAACCGCUUAGAAUCUUGUUGUAGGGACACGGCUCUUGAUUGUGCGGUGGCAGGUGGUCACGAGAGGGUAGUUGAGUUGCUGCUGACGAGGACGCAGGUAGCCCGGGCUGGAAGUUUGCUUGGGUCUGCCGCGAGUAAGGGAUAUGAAAGGAUCUUGAGGCUACUCGUGAAUAGCAGCGCCAUCCCUGACCAGCAAUCCAAGUUGAAAACGGUAACGGUUGAGGCGACUCACAAGCGAGAUGAUACACUUCUGCACUGGGCGGUUGAGAAUGAGCAACUGGCAGUGGUGGAGACCCUUCUACAAAAGGGAACACCCAUCAACGCUGAAAGAUGGACGUCCCAUCGUCAUUUGGGACGUGAGGGUAAGGAGUUCUUCAUCGAGGAGUCAAAUACUGCACUUCAUCUGGCAGCUGGCAAUGGGCAAGAAGCUAUGAUCUGUCUCUUAUUGAAUCAUGGAGCCGGCAUUGAUGAUAUUUCUACCAAGAAGACCACAUCUCGCGGGGCUCAGAGCACUUAUAAAACGCAAGACUCAUCCAGUCGCCGGCGGCAAGGAUUGGGGCCUCAAGAUCUACGUCAGUACACGAGUAUAGUGACACAAACAGCAGUUCACUUGGCAGCAGAAGGAGGUCACAAGGCGGUGGUGGCAUUGCUUUUAAGGAGAGGAGCCAAGGUUUGCCCAGUGUAUAAUUCUAGGGACUUUCUAGAAGUUCUUGUCCUUUAA